UAACGUUCGAGGUGGUACAAACUCCCUAUUGAAAUAUAGGUAACAUCCUGGGUAACAUCACACACCGUGGAAUCGGGCGGAUCGUCCCUACUGGUCCCUACCAGAACAGAGGCUCUCUAAACUCUGAAUAAUACUCUGAACAGAGGUCCCUACCACCGACACGAACCGUAAGGAAGCCAUGGAGGUUGUGCGUGUAGGGCUGGUGCAGGGUUUCUCGUUAAAAGGUUAUCGUUUGCGUUCAGGUGGCUUACGUAUGUGUCGGCAUGAGACAGGUAGAGCUCAAAGUUCCAGUAGGAAGCGCAACCAAAAUAGAAGUGUAAAAAUCAUGAAGUGGGGUCAAUUAGAGCAACAAUGUAGAAAAAAUGAGAGUUUCAUUCAUGUAACAAAAAGUGAACAUUUGCUGAGGAAUCUUGUGUUCACUUACCUUGAUUGCUUUGAGGAAGAGAAGGUAGUCCAGAUGCAUCCACACACAUCCUUACCUAUGAGGAACAUUGUUGAUGCCUCAUCUGCAGGAAGAGAUUUUAGAAAGAGGGAGGCUAGACUUACUAGAGUGUUAAUGAAGAACUCUAGUGUCUAGAACAUCCAUGAGAUACCUUUUCAAUGUCACCUGCAGGAUUUGAAAGGAUUGCAGCAAGUGAUUUACUGCAAAGGGAUACUACUAGGAUGUUCGUUUAUCCCCACCGAUGAAAAAUGUAUAGAUGAUCAGUUUGUAGGAAAAUAUUUGUUAGAAAGGGACGUGUGCAUGAACACGUAUGCUUUUACAGCUGAAAAACCAUUUGAAUAUUCCAUUAGAAGAAAUUUACAUCCAUGGUUAGAAGAAAUUUACUCGAAAGGGGAUCUUGUGUCGGCACAAGCUUGCUCAUGCUGGUGAGAAACUUUUUG